AUGAGUGUGGUCGUAGAGGAAAUCACACUGCCAGAGAGCCGUUCUGAGUCCCUACAUCGCAUCUUCGAACAAUCCGUUGCGCCGAACUCCGAUGCUCAUCCUGCCAAACGGCGCAAGGUCACCCAGUCUCGUCCAAAAUGUCUGGUAACAGAGAAAGGCAAAUCUGCGACUGGAAUACCCCUAGGUUACAUUCCGCUGGCACGAUUGACAUUGCGCAUGAAGUCUUCAUCUUCCACCAUAAUCAAGGGGGAACAACUACAACGCCUGGAGCCCUUCCCCUCUCGGAUUCCAGUGGUCACGGAGGUCCGCAAUAUUCGUCUACUCGAUGACGAUGAAAACAAUGCGCCGCAACAAAAGUCGCUUGAUCUUGAAGCUUACGUUAUGGAACUUCGCAUAAAUGAUCUUGAGGGAAAGCAUUCGUUUUCGCACUCAUUCCAGGAUUCGCGAUUGUUUGAUUUGUUAGAGCAGCUACGGCACGCCAGCGGACUCGCCCAUGCAAACAAAUACUCCAACGAUGCUCCGAUCGCCUGCUACCAGGCUUCCAUCUCAGUGUCGCCAGACAGGGAUGUCUUCACUCUAGACGCCGUUGUUCUAUGGAAGGAUUCACUCGAGAUCCCAGUCCUUUCCUAUCUACAAGAUCCGGCUUUGGAGGUUUUUACAAGAUAUGUGCUGCAGGAGCAUAUCGAUCACCCUUCAACUGUAUAUGAUCGGGAUCAACGUCGCGAACGGAUGCUGGGUAUUCCUCAAAAAUGGUCUCCUCGAGAGUUUUACAGCAGUGUUCACGUUCCCAGGACCACUGAAGGUGCCUCAAACCUUACAUGUCCUGAUAUCGAUUGUGACCUAUUUCCAUUUCAGAAGAGAGCCCUCCGAUGGUUAUUAGAGAGAGAGGGAAUGGCAGUUCAGCAAGAUGGAACAGUUGUUCCGAUGGAACAGAUCCCGGAAAAUGAGCUUCCGGUGUCUUUCAGGGAAAUGAAAGACGCCGACGGACAAACAUACUAUUUUAGCCGCCUCUUCAUGACCCUGACAACCGACAUCUCUGAGUGGUAUGAUGCUUCAAAUCUUUUGAAAGGCGGGAUUCUUGCAGAGGAAAUGGGACUGGGCAAGACAGUUGAAAUGAUUGCUCUAAUAAGUCUUCACCGCCGACUCUCAGAGCAGCAACAGAAGGCUGGCUUGGAUGGACUGAAGCCAUCUGGUGCAACUUUGAUUAUCACACCACCGGCUAUUCUUGAGCAAUGGAAACAGGAGUUGUCGAAGCAUGCCCCUAAUAUGCGGGUUCACCAUUAUACCGGCAUCAAGCGUGGGAAAGAGGAAACAGAUGAUAUGAUCGUCGAUGAGCUUGCCCAAUUCGACGUUGUCCUAACCACAUAUCCCGUCAUCUCGCGAGAAAUUCACUACGCUGGUGUAGCACCAGAAAGAAAUCUCAGGCACACAAAACGUUUCGAGCCCAGAAAGACACCUUUGGUUCGGAUUUCAUGGUGGCGUGUUUGUUUAGAUGAAGCCCAAAUGAUUGAAAGCGGAGUCAGCAACGCGGCAAAAGUAGCACGCUUGAUUCCUCGAGAAAUCGCUUGGGCUGUGACUGGCACGCCGUUACGCAGAGAUAUUGAUGAUCUGUUUGGACUUCUUCUCUUUUUGCACUAUGAGCCGUUUUGUUUCUCAAAUCCGUUGUGGAAAAGACUGUUUUCACGAUUUGGACCGGUCUUGGUCACCAUCAUUAACAAAAUCGCCCUUCGACACAGCAAGGAUCAAGUGCGUGACGAACUCCGUCUUCCUCCUCAAAAGCGCAUUGUCAUAACUACGCCGUUCACUGCAAUAGAAGAGCAACGCUACGGGCAAUUAUUUGAACAAAUGUGUGAGGAUUGCGGGCUUGACGCCUCAGGGGCACCCGUUCGGGGGAAUUGGGAUCCUGAAGAUCCGGUCAUCAUUGAAAAAAUGCGUGUGUGGUUGACAAGACUACGCAAAACCUGUCUUCAUCCUGAAGUCUCGUCGAGCACUCGUCGAGCAUUGGGUGCAAAUAAUGGACCAUUACGGACCGUGGACGAGGUUCUGGAGGUUAUGAUCGAAGCCAAUGAGACGGCUAUUCGUGCGGAAGAGCGCUCACUUCUUCUUUCUCAACUCCGACGAGGCCAGCUCCUGGAGAACGCAAAGCGCCGCGUGGAGGCUCUUGUCCUAUGGCAAAAGGCGUUAGAUCAUGCAACCCAGCUAGUUGAAAAAAGCAGAGAACAAUUGCGACAACAGAGGCUGAAAAGCGACAGUGCUACAGACGGUAUAAAUGGAACUAUAUCGGCAAUGGAACACUUGAAUGGGGACGAGGCUGAAGAUGCCGACAACAACAGUCGCCUUGGUCAAUACAGGCUAAGGCUUCGGAGUGCCCUUGAAGUCCAGCAUAUCGCAGUGUUCUUCACAGCAAACGCAUUCUAUCAGAUCAAAAGCGAUCCAAAUUUAACCCAGCCAGACUCUGAAGAAUUCAAAUCCCUUGAAAAACGUGAAGAAGAAGGCUACGAGGCGGCAAAAACAAUUCGCAAGGAGAUGUUGACAGAUAUCUCCCGAAAAGUUGAGCGCUAUAUGAAGACAAUCAAGGAGAAGACACGAAAUAAGCAAUUUGUGACCAUUCCAAAACUGAAGCCUUACCUUUAUAGCGAUGGUCUUGAGUCUUAUCGACUGCUCAUGAGGUUUGAAAACCUAUGUGUAGCACUUAACAGACAUGCGGAGCAGUACAAUGAAUGGCGCACCGCCAUGAUAAAACUUGUUUCACAAUCUCUCAUCGAUCAAGAAGAAGAUGCAGAACUGGAGGGCAAUGAGUAUGAGCGGUCUACAAAACAUCAAGAUGAGAUGUAUGUCUACAUGGAGGCUCUACGCUCAAUGUAUGCCGAUCGUCACGAUGCUCUCACUGGCCAAAAAAAUGUUCUCAUCUCCCACGAGGUCAAAGCUGGCAUUGUUCAGGCUCAACGAGGCGAAGGACCCUCUCCGCAGCUCUUCCUCAGGGUUAUGGACACUCGCAGUGAGCUCAUGCCAGAUCCCCAGCUUGGGUCGCUCCGCGGUAUUGUCAGUGAACUUCGGACCAUUCUGACAUCAUUGGACUGGCAAGCUAGCGCUGGAAGCUCGCGUGCUCGCGCUGAGCAUGAAAUGGUCGAUUUGGUCUUGAGAAAUGCCGGUCAAAUGAUCUCGGAGCAACUCAAGGUUUCAUCCAAUCUGGAAAAAGAAGUCGAAAUGUUUCGUGACACCAUGAACAAUCGGCUCGAGUACUAUCGCCACUUGCAGCAGAUUUCAGAUACAGUUGCUCCGUACGACGAGGAAAGUGCAGGUAAGCCACUUGAUGACGAGCUUUUCAACUCGAGACUCAGGCAGGAGGAAAUUCUUGACGGCAAAAUUUCUUCGCUCAAGUCUAAAGGAAGAUACCUCAUUCAUCUGAGGGAUGAUUCCAGCGCCGAGAAUACCUCGAGGAUCUGCAUUAUCUGCCAAUCAACUUUCGAAGUUGGUGUAUUGACGGUUUGUGGUCACAAGUAUUGCAGUGAUUGUAUUCGCAUGUGGUGGCGUUCCCAUAAGAGCUGCCCGAUGUGCAAGAAGACCCUGAAGCUCAAAGAUUUCCAUCAGAUCACAUACAAGCCACAAGAAUUAGUCGCCCAGGAAGAAGAAUCAUCUGUCAAACCGGGUCACGAACAACAUGCUCAGAACGCAAUCUAUAGUGACAUCAGCUCUGGACUUCUUAAGGAGAUCAAGAAUAUCGACCUGGAUGAUUCUUUCGGAACGAAGAUUGACACCCUGGCUCGUCACAUCCUGUGGCUGCGGGAACAUGACCCUGGGGCAAAGUCGAUUGUCUUCUCUCAGUACAAGAGCUUCUUGACUGUACUACAUGAGGCAUUCUAUCGCUUCAAGAUUGUCAGCAGCAGCAUUGACAGGCCAGAUGGUAUUGAAAGUUUCAAGAAGGAUCCCGCGGUUGAGUGCUUUUUGUUGCAUGGAAAAGCACAAUCAUCUGGGUUGACUUUGAUCAAUGCAACCCACAUCUUUCUUUGCGAACCGCUCAUCAAUACGGCAAUCGAACUACAGGCCAUCGCCCGAGUACAUCGUAUUGGCCAGCAUCGGCCAACCACAGUGUGGAUGUACCUUGUCUCUGGCACUGUUGAGGAAUCCAUCUAUCAGCUUUCUGUCACUCGGCGACUGGCUCACAUCAUUGAGAAAGAGAAGCACGGGAAAAUAGGUCAUUCAGCGGGCGCUCCCAAUGGUAAUGGUCCUCUCAUCGAAGAUCUUACAGAAACAGCCAUUGACUCCGCCAACUCCAUGGAAAUGCAAGAGGCCAGCCUGACAAAACUGAUGACAAGCGGACCAUCAGAUGGAGAGUUGGUGAAGCAGGAUGACCUUUGGCAAUGUCUCUUUGGUGGCACGGUCGAUAAAGAUAGCAAUAAUCCCUCCAUGGAGGCCGAGAGGGAAGUAGGCCGAUUCUUGAGGGGCGAGGCUGCUGAGCAAAGACGGAUCGAAUAA